AUGGCGAAGUUUAACACAGGGGACAACCCAACAGAGGAGGUUUCCGUCAACAGCCGACCCUUCAAAGUUGCAGGGCAAAAUUUACCCUCAGGAAUACAAGCAAAAAAGAACUUAUUCAACAACCAAGGAAAUUCCAGCCCUCCUUCAGGACCCAGCAACGUACCUAAGUUUGGGUUCCCAAAGCCACCUGUGGGGGUGAAAACUUCUGAGGAAAAGCCUGACAAGGAGCCCAAACCCCCCUUUCUAAAGUCUACUGGAGUGGGCCAAAGAUUUGGAACACCAGCAAACGCGGCCACCAGAGACCCUGAGGUGAAAGUGGGAUUUCUGAAACCUGUAGGCCCCAAGCCCACCAUCUUGCCCAAAGAAGAUCCGAAACCUGUGUUUCCCCGGCCUCCUGGGAAUAAGCCAUCACUUCACAGUGUAAACCAAGACUGUGACUUAAAGCCACCAGGCCCAAAGCCUGGGCCUACUCCUCCACCCCCAGAAAAUGAACAGAAGCAAGUGUUCCCAAAGUUGGCUGGAGUCAAAGGCAAGCUUGUAUCUGCCUCACAAGAUCAUGACCCCAAGGCCCUCUUCCCCAGACCCACCUUUGGCCAGAAGCCAUCCCUGAGUACAGAGGACUCCCAUGAAGACGAGAGUCCCGCUAAGAACGUGACUCCACAGAAAGGAUCCCCAACUCCCCUAGGAGCCAGGUCCAAAAGCAGCCCUUUAAAUCUACCAUGGGAAAACCCAGAAAAUAAGGACCAUGGAGGUAACACAUCUAGUUCACCUUUUCCUGGAGUGGUGCUGAAACCUGCUGCGAACAGAGGCAGCCCAGGCCUCUCCAAAAAUGGUGAAGAAAAGAAAGACAGGAAGAUAGAUGCUGCUAAGAACAUCUUCCUGAACAAAAUGAACCAGGAGGAGUCGGCCUCUGGGGCUCCUCCUGCCAAGUUCCCUAAGGAACCUUCUAAGCUGACUGUGGGGGGGCCAUGGGGACAAGGUCAAGAGAAGGAAAAGGAAGACAAGAAUCCAGCCAUGCCAAAGCAGAAGCCAUUGCCCCCCUUGUUUACCCUGGGUCCACCUCCACCAAAACCCAGCAGACCACCACACGUUGACCUGACAAAAUUCCGAAAAAACACUUCCAGAAACAGCACCAGCAGAGGCCAGACGUCUUAUUCAACAACUUCCCUGCCACCACCUCCACCAUCCCAUCCGGCCAGCCAACCGCCAUUGCCAGCAUCUCACCCACCACAACCACCAGUCCCAAGCCUACCUCCCAGAAACAUUAAACCUCCCAUUGACCUAAAAAGCCCUGCCAAUGAGGAAAACCAAGAUGGUUUCAUGCGUACAGAUGGUACUGGAAAUCUAGAUGAGGAACAAGAGAGUGAAGGAGAAACUUAUGAAGAUAUAGAAUCAUCCAAAGAACGAGAAAAGAAAAGGGAAAAGGAAGAAAAGAAGAGAUUGGAGCUGGAGAAAAAAGAACAGAAAGAGAAAGAAAAGAAAGAGCUAGAAAUAAAGAAGAAAUUUAAACUAACAGGUCCUAUACAAGUCAUCCAUCAAGCAAGAGCUUGCUGUGAUGUCAAAGGAGGAAGGAAUGAACUAAGCUUCAAGCAAGGAGAGCAAAUUGAAAUAAUCCGCAUCACAGACAAUCCUGAAGGAAAAUGGUUGGGCAGAACAGCAAGGGGAUCAUAUGGCUAUAUCAAAACAACUGCUGUAGAGAUUGACUAUAAUUCUUUGAAACGGAAAAAAACCUCUCAAGGUGUUCUUUCAUCAAGACCUACUGAAGAUGACCAAGAGGUAUAUGAUGAUGUUGCAGAGCAGGAUGAUGUUAGCAGCCACAGUCAGAGUGGAAGUGGAGGGAUGUUCCCACCACCACCAAACGAUGACAUUUACGAUGGAAUCGAAGAAGAUGCUGAUGAUGGCUCCACACUACAGGUUGAAGAGAAGAGUAACACAUGGUCCUGGGGGAUUUUGAAGAUGUUAAAGGGAAAAGAUGACAAAAAGAAAAGUAUACGAGAGAAACCUAAAGUCUCUGAGUCAGACAAUAAUGAAGGUUCAUCUUUCCCUUCUCCUCCUAAACAGCUAGGUGAGGGAGAUGAAGUUUACGACGAUGUAGAUGCCUCUGAUUUCCCUGCUCCAUCAGCAGAGAUGAGUCAAGGAAUCAAUAUUGGAAAGGCCAAGAUGGAAGAAAAAGACCCUAAGAAGAUAAAAAAGCAGGAAAAAGAAGAAAAAGACUUCAGGAAAAAAUUUAAAUAUGAUGGUGAAAUAAGAGUCCUGUAUUCAACCAAAGUUAUAGCCUCCUUAACUUCUAAAAAGUGGGGCACCAGAGAUCUACAGGUAAAACCUGAUGAAUCUCUUGAAGUUAUACAAAGCACAGAUGAUACCAAAGUUCUCUGCAGAAAUGAAGAAGGAAAAUAUGGUUACGUCCUUCGGAAUUAUCUGGUGGACAAUGAUGGAGAGAUCUAUGAUGAUAUUGCUGAUGGUUGCAUCUAUGACAAUGACUAGCAUUCAGCUUUGAUCAUUCUGCUGUAUUCAUUAACUGCCAAUAUAAAGUUUAGGUUUUAAUUGGCAUAUGUUAUUGGAUAUCACAGCAAAUGAAUGCACAAAACUACCUGUUACCAUUUGUUAUAAAAUUCUGAUUAUCUUCAUAAAGUUUUAAAAUUUUGAACCUAGAAAACGAUCUCUCUGCUUAAUCAAUAUCUCAGAAGACUGCAUUAGUGAGAUGUAAGAAUUAUUAAAUAUUUCAUUUCUACUUUGAC